UUUACCGAAAGGAUGGAAAAAAGUUUAAAUUCGAAGAUUUUUAGCAAAUUAACUGCCAAAAGUGAAAGCACAUUGAAAAAUAAAUCCUACGGUAAUUAUGAAAUUGAAGAUUUGCCGGAUGGAUCUUGUUUCAGUCGAAUUUUAAAAGUGAAUUCAGAAAUAGAAAUUGAUUAUGGAUCUUCGAUCAAAAAAUGCGAGUACAUUGGAAGCUUCUUAGUGGAAGGAAAUGAUCAAAAUUCUAGGACCGAUUUUGUAAGGACACAGUUACGGCGUAUUCAGAGCACUGUUCAGAAAAAGAGAGUUUUGCUUGUUGUUUCCAUCACUGGAAUUAAAGUCUGCAGUUUAGAUGGAAAGAGUGUGUUAAUGGCUCAUGCUUUGCGCCGUAUUUCAUUUGCCACAUGCGAUCCUGAAAGCUGCCAAUUUUCAUUCCUGGCUCGUGAACCAAAUGGACAUUUCAGCCUUCAAUAUUGUCAUUCUUUUUUAACCAGUGAUCCUGAAACUGCGGAGGCGCUGAGCAGCGUGGUGGGUUCGGCGUUCCGCAUGGCUUUCGCCCAGCAGCUGAGCCAUCAUUCUCCGACGCUGCAGCCUCACAGUCAACAGACCCCUGUCUCGCUCCUCGGAUCCGUCUCCACGUGCCGCGAAGAUGCUGCUCUUUCCCCGCGCCCGACUUACUGGGCUAAGAAACUUGCCAGCAAAACAAAGUGCCAAGACAAUAUAGCAAGCCAAACUAUUGAGAUGAACAGUCGACCCUCCUCCAUUUCUAGUUCCGAAUCUCCCUGUGCCAGUACUCACCAAUCGACAAUGAAUCUCUCAGAGUCGAAUCCCUCCUCACAAAACUUACCUGUAGACCUGUGGUCACCUCUGAGCGGAGGAUGCAGUAGUAGUGAAGAAAAUAACUCUUCCACUGAUUUGAAUUCUUGUAAACAGAUAAAAGAAAAGCCUCCUUUAUUGAAAAACUUGGAAGUUGUGCAAGAAAAUGUACUUAGUGACGAUUCUUUCAUUAAUGACAUUUCAAGACCUGCUUCUGGUGGUUAUAUCAAUGAGAGUACAUCGUGGGAUAGCAUCUCUGUGUUACGCACUCCCAAGUUUAAUAGCAGCUCCAAAUCUGAAAGAUCCAUCUGUAAAAAGCGCGAAAAUCACGCACCCUCAGCACCACCUACAGACGAAGAAUGUCUGUUAGAAUCGUCUACAGAUCAAAGCAGCAAACGCUCUUCAAGAUCUUCCUGUGAUCAGUCAAUGCCAUCUUCUUCGUCAUCUGAUACUACAAAUUUGAGUGAUGUGUCAAGCUUUUGUAAAAAUAAGCGUCUCAACCAUGCUGGAAAUUCUAGUAGCAGUUCCCUUGUUAUGCCACCACUUCCUCCUGAAAGGCAUGAUUCAUUAUCCACUACAGCAUCUGAAGAAAGAGAACUGAGGGGUGCCCCAUGGUUUCAAGCUGGAAUUCCUAGGGAAAUAGCUUUAGAAGUACUUGGUCAAGAGCCUGUUGGAUCUUUUAUGGUCCGUGAAAGUACGAGUAAGCCAGGUUGCUUUGCUUUGUCGUUACGUGUGCCAAGGGAGUUUCAUCAGUCAGGAAUCGCUCAUUACCUCAUAAUGAGAACUAAUAGAGGUUACAAAAUUAAGGGUUUCACGAAAGAAUUUGGAUCAUUGACAGCUCUCAUAACGCACCACUCUGUAAUGCCAGAAUUACUUCCUUGUCCAUUAUCUCUUUCAAGAUACAAUCCUACUUUCAAGAAAAAUGAUUUUGAAGAUUUAGUUGACAUGAAUGAAGAUCCAGAUUACAGUUUACUGUCUGAUUUCCGAAAUAUGCUUGCUAACAUUAAUGCUUAGUUUUCUAAGCAAGUAAAUUUAGCAUGUAAAUCACUGAUAAUAUUUUCAGUCAAAAGUAAAAUAUGUCAUGCUGAUAAAUUUCACUUUGCUUUUGUUUCA